ACACAAGCAGAAAGGAGGUGAAGGAGUCCUUCAAGCCCAGCGAACCAACCCGCGGCAACGUCGUCCCUCCUCCCUCCCUCCCUCUCGUCUCCCCAAAUCCGACGGCCUCAAACCCCAAUUCUCGCCGGCGACCCACUCCACCCAACCACCGGCGGGAACCCCUCCGUCGUCUCGUCUCGUCUCGUCCUCGUCCUCGUCCGCCCCUCUGCCGCGUUGGGUUGGCGGGCGCGGAGUGGAGAUCCCGCCGCGCCGGCCGGAGUCAUCUUCUCUCUCUCUCUCUCUCUCUCGGUGGACUGUAUCAUCGUUACCAGCCACAGCUUUAGAAGAACGAUGCAUCUUGUGGGCCUAUUCUUUCUCAAUGGACCGGCGGAAAUUUGUUGAAUUGGAAGAGUUACUGAUCUGAUAACAUGUCACUCCGACUUCCACUUCCGCAAGGCCUCUCCUUUUUCAAAAGUGUUGGGUGGUUUGAAGACAGUAAGGUUGAUUCAGCUGCCAAGCACCACUUGUCUCCAAAAUUUAAGCUCCAGACAGAUAAGGAGGUGUAUAGACCUGGUGAUUCAGUUACCGCGACAAUAGAAAUCUCUAGUCCCUCUAGUUUAAAGGAUGAAGCGGGGACAGCGUCAGGUGGAGAUGUCACAUCUCUCUUGGUAGAUGGGCUAUCUUUCGAACUUAAAGGAAUUGAGAAGUUGGAUAGCCAAUGGUUCUCUGUUCCAAAGCCCUUACCAGGGUCUAAGCAAAGGAGAGGUGAAUAUUUGUUUUUGGAUUGUUCGGCACCCUCAUUAGUCUCCAAAGUAAUAAUUGCUUCGGGGCAAACAAAAACAUAUAUUGUACGUUUGGAGCUCCCAAAGAUUUUACCACCAUCAUAUAGGGGCAUCAGUAUUCGCUAUAUUUAUUAUGUUAGGAGUACAUUGCUUGGGAGAUUGAUUGACUUGGGUAAUGAGGAUCAAACUAAAGGCAAUGUAAAUAGUGCGGUUCAGCUGGAAACCCGAGUCCCCUUGCAGAUAUGUGUUUCCCAGAAAAGCAGCAACUUACUAAAUGAAGAAGGAAGUUUUCCACUCUCAGUUGAGCAACUGAGUAUAUUUUGGAGAGAAAAGGAUGAUGAUUCAGAAUGGAGCAAAGCAAAUGAUAAUACUGAUCUAGAAGAAGGAUAUGAUAGUUCGAAAGAUGAAGUUUCAUCGGUUUCCUCGUACAACCCUUCCAAAUCAAAUACGGACUUUCCCAUCAGGACCUCAACAUCGACACACUCCUUAUCAUCACGUCUCUCCACGAAUGAAGCAUUGUAUUCUCAGGGAGAGCGCCCCACUUUCCCAUUAUACAAUGCAAUUCCUCGAUUGUCAGUGUCCGAGAUUUCUGAUGACCAUGGUGGAGGAGCGGUAUCACCUCUAAGGAAGCUAGAUCAUUUGCAUUUGGAUCAUCAUCCAUCAAAUGGUCAAAGAUUUUCUCUAGAUUCUGAUCGCCCAAAAGAUGAUGUUGGACUUCCUCUCACGCCAAAACAUGUUGAACCAUCUGGAUCAGAAGGCUUUAUGAGAGGAAGAUCAUAUAAUAUACGAAUAGAUGAUCAAGUCUUGCUUCGUUUCUCACCAAAGAAUUCUGACUCAACUUAUUACUUUGGUGAUAUGAUUGGUGGAGCACUCACUUUUUUCCAUGGAACUGGAACACGGAGAUGCCUAGAGGUAUCUAUAACCUUGGAAACAUCAGAAACAAUUAAUCCUCGUGUAAUACACCCUUCACGAAGGGUCUCACCGACAAUAACCAAGGUACACAGUGAACAUCAUGAAGUUGUUGCAGAUCUUCACCAAACAAGUUUUCUCUUCUCAAUUCCUAUUGAGGGACCAAUGUCAUUUGCUACCUCAAAGGUUACUGUACAGUGGUCCCUUAGAUUUGAGUUCUUCACAACUCCGGCAGGAAUGGACUCAUCAAGGUAUGAGCACCCACUUCUUGUUGAGAAAAGAGAGAAGGGGGACUGGGUCCUCCCAAUAACAGUUUAUGCACCUCCAAUGCGUAGACGAGCUACUCAUGGAAGAAACGGUAGAUCUGCAUUAGUUGGAAAUCUGUUCAACUCUUGAAGAUAAUCUGAAUACCCCUACCCUCUUGUAUCUUACCUCAGAUGAACAAGUUGCUGUUGCUGUUAUUUGAAAAUCGGUACCUGCCUGCGGACCUUCGGUGGGUGCUACUGUAUGUAGUUCAGCACGCACAACUGCACCCAGGCCAUAUGUGUAAAAUGUCCAGAAGGUUUUGAAGAAGACAGUGAGCGAGAGGGAAACUUGGGUUGCACAAAUAGUCUGCUUCUGUCUGAUGUACACAAACAGUCUUUCUCUCAUCACCAGAGAACAUAACAGGUUGGCACUUGAUUUACGUGAUGCGGACAUGCGUAGCGCAAGAUACUACACAGAGCGUACCGAGUGUAUACCUUUUACCCGAUGGACUGGUUUUUUGGGGCGCUUGAUUAAGCUAUUAAUUACAUCCUCACGUUUGGUUGCA